AUGCCUAAACAAUUCGCUAUGUAUCAUCAGCACAGCAAUUAUCUUACUGCAUCGUUCAGUUUGUGGAUAAAGAUCAGGCAAAAGCUACAGGCGCAGAAACCAGAGUUAGGGUUUUCAAUGGAACUUCGUAUUGGUAACAAAUACCGGCUUGGACGUAAAAUCGGGAGCGGCUCGUUCGGAGAGAUAUACAUUGGAACAGAUACACAAACCAACGAAGAAGUCGCUAUAAAGCUCGAAAGCGUCAAGACUCCUCAUCCACAGUUGGCAUAUGAGUCCAGGGUAUACAGGAUUCUACGCUUACAAGGUGGAGGAGAAACUGGUGAGAUGAUUCCAAACAUGAGAUGGUACGGUGUUGAACGUGACCAGUACAAUGUUAUGGUCAUGGAUUUGCUUGGUCCAAGCCUUGAAGAUCUGUUUAGUUACUGCAACAAGAGAUUCACAUUGAAGACAGUUCUCAUGCUAGCUGAUCAAUUGAUAAACCGUCUCGAGUUUGUGCAUUCUAAAUCGUAUCUUCAUCGUGAUUUAAAGCCUGAGAACUUUCUAAUUGGUUUGCCUAGGCGUGCUGAUCAGGUUUACAUCAUAGACUUUGGCUUGGCUAAGAAGUAUAGAGAUGGCUCAACCCACAGCCACAUACCAUAUAGGGAGAAUAAAGGUUUUAUUGGGACUCCGAGUUAUGUCAGCAUCAACACUCACUUAGGGAUCGAGCAAAGUCGGAGAGAUGAUAUGGAGUCACUUGGUUAUGUACUUAUGUACUUUCUCAGGGGGAGUCUCCCGUGGCAGGGACUCAAAGAAGUUGGGGACAAGAAACGUGAUAAGAUUUUUGCAAAGAAGGCUUCUACUUCCUUUGAAGAGUUGUGUAGAGGUUAUCCAAUAGAGUUUGCAUCCUACUUUCAUCACUGCCACUCGCUUAGGUUUGAAGAUAAGCCAGAUUAUGCGUACUUGAAGAGACUGUUCUGUGACCUUUUUAUUCGUCAAGGUUUUCAGUUUGAUUAUGUGUUUGAUUGGACGGUACUCAAGUAUCAGGAAUCACAAAGAUCAUCAUCAUCAUCAAGACGACUUGUGGUGGGCUCUAGUAGUCGUGAACCGUUCAGUGGUUGUGAUCAAUAGUAUUGAUGUUUUGCGGAUCAAUGAAGGAGGAACCUAAAGGAAAACUCUUCUCAGACUGAUUCAUAGAAAAAGCUUUUAAGAAAAAACGGGUUGCUUGUCUCAAUCUUCUUGAGAGUUUUCAAGGUUGUGGGAAUAACAUUGUAUAUGGUUCUAUAGAUUAAACGAGAAGGGAUAUAUUACAGCUGAAUCAAAAGAAAAAACAAUCAUAUAAUAAUAUGUUAUAAACAUCUAGCAAUGAUGUGGUCAAAAAAAAAAAAGAUGUGGUCAUGGAUUAUUAUCACUAUUAUCCCAUGACUUUCUUGGAAUGCUGUGGUGGUUAUUCACAUCGGUGUCGGCUUCUUCUCCGACAUCAGGGUUCUCAGUGCUCCGGCC